CUCUCUAUCCGUCCUGUGCAUCUGCGGUGCCAGCAUCAGCCAUGUCGAGUGACUUCCGUCUGCUGGUGCGUAACGCGUCUCAGCUGGUGUGUGUGUGUCGCGAUCGCCAGAGUUUCCUCCUCAAGGAGCAGAUGCAGGAUCUCGCCGUCCUGGAGGAGGCCAGCCUGGUGGUGGGACAUGACGGCCUGGUGAAGGCUGUGGGCGGGGUUAAGGAGAUUGAUGAGCAGUUUUCUGGCUCCUCCUUCGAGAAGACGCUGGACGCCACCGGCAUGUGUAUCAUCCCUGGUUUAGUGGAUGCUCACACUCACCCGGUGUGGGCUGGAGAUCGGGUCCAUGAGUUCGCCAUGAAGCUGGCUGGUGCGACCUACAUGGAUGUCCACAAGGCGGGCGGUGGUAUCCACUUUACGGUGAACGCGACGCGUGCGGCGGCGGACUCCGACCUGCAGGAGGCGCUGUGUGGCCGCUUGUGGCGCAUGCUGCGCGCCGGCACCACCCUGGUGGAGUGUAAGAGCGGAUACGGCCUCAACACACACACGGAGCUCGCCAUGCUGAGGGCCAUACACACCGCCAGACACACACACCCCAUCGGCAUAUCGGCUACCUACUGCGGAGCACACGCAGUGCCCAGGGGUAUGACGCAGGAGGAGGCUUUGCGUGACAUCCUGAAUGAUCAGCUCCCUCGACUACAAGAGAGUGUGUCUCGAGGAGAGGUGUCUGUCGACAACAUAGACGUCUUCUGUGAGAAAGGUGUGUUUGAGGAGGAUGCCACUCGACAGAUCCUCACCGCCGGGAAAAACAUGGGACUAAAUAUUAACUUCCAUGGAGAUGAACUACACCCUAUGAAGGCUGCAGAGCUGGGUGCGGAGUUAGGAGCGCUGGCUAUCAGUCACCUGGAGGAAGUGUCUGAUGAGGGCAUAGCUGCAAUGGCCACAGCCAAGACUGCAGCAGUUCUACUGCCUACUACUGCCUAUAUACUGAGACUGAAGCAGCCGCGUGCUCGUGACAUGCUGGAUGCAGGAGUCAUUGUAUCCCUCGGCAGUGACUUCAACCCCAACGCUUACUGCUGCUCUAUGCCUCUGGUCAUGCAUCUAGCGUGCGUGAACAUGCGUUUGUCUCUGACGGAGGCGUUGGCCGCGGCAACCAUCAACGCUGCGUAUGCAUUAGGAGCCGCCCACACACAUGGCUCGCUGGAGACGGGGAAACAAGCAGACAUGCUAGUCAUCAACGCACCCAGGUGGGAGCAUCUGAUCUAUCAGCUGGGCGGCCAUCAGGAGCUGAUCAAACACGUCAUCAUCAAGGGACACAUCGCCUACGACAACCCACACACACUCAACCUCUAAACACACACACACACACACACACACACACACACACACACACACACACACACACACACACACACACGCAUAUAGUAAACCACACAAACCACAAACACAUCAUCUCUUCUACAGACACACAUGACUUCUAUGACUGGGAAAUCACAUGAAGCAGGCAGCUCUCCCUCACUCUCACUCUCACACACACAAAGGUUACGUAGCGCUAUUCAGACAUGCCGCUAUUCAGAUAUUGAUGUCUAUUGUCUGAAUACCGCCACAUUUCCCACCGAAAUCUGCCAAAUCUGUGGUUGCUGAGGUUUUAUCCGUUUAGGGAGAGUGCAUGCAGUUACCCUAACCCUAACCCUAACUCUGACCCUA